GUAUUCAAAUCUUCCUCUUCCGGGGGCAUGGGUCAUAGACAUCUUUCUUUACCCUUACUUUGGCAGAGAAGGGGGCGUCAGGGAGAAUAUUCUUCCUUCACUCUUCACUUAGGGUUCACCGCAGGGGAAGGGGAGAUUAGAUCGAACUGCCGCUACUCUCAUCACUCACUGGCCCCUGCCGCUGCUCAUCACUCACUGGCCACUUUUGCUGCUCAUCACUCACUGUCACUGCCACUGCCGCUACUCACUGCUCAGUACUGCUCAGUGCUGCUCACUGCUCAGGGGCUUGCUGGAGUUGCUACUGCUCAUUGCUCAGGCUCUUCCCGAAGUUACUGCUGCUCACUGUGUGCUCAGGCCCUUGCUGCCUUGCUGCUGCUCACUGCUCAGGCCCUUGCUGCCUUGCUGCUGCUCACUGCUCAGGCCCUUGCUGCCUUGCUACUGCUCACUGCUCAGGCCCUUGCUGCCUUCAAAAUAUUCAGCAUCUUGAUUAUUUGGAUCAUAUCUUGUUUAGAAUCUCCACCAACUUCUUUUUUAUCUCUUUUGGCAAGAAAGUUAGUAUUUACCAUUUUUAAUUUCUAAUUUAAAUAUUUAACUAAUGAUUUAUGUUAAAUUAAUUUAUUUAUUUGUG